AUGGAGACAUCUCAUUCCACCUCUCUCCAGCGGAUAGAGCAGCCUCUGCCCUAUCCCAAUCUAUCCCUAGGGGACAGAGCGGGAUUCGCUGUCGCUAACUUUGCUUACUCCAACGAUCUGAUCCCCGGAGCUCGCAAGUUGGGACUUCCGGCUGUUGUCCGUAAUUCUUUUCUCAUCCUCAGUCUUCUUCUGGGCCUUUUCUUCUCUACACUCGACACCUCGAUCAUUGCCACCUCGCUCAUCACCAUCUCCAUUGAGUUCCACGACCAUGCCAAUGCCCCUUGGAUCCUCCUGGCGUAUCUUCUUACCUACAUGGGCUGCUCCGUUGGCGUUGCUAAACUGAGUGACAUAUAUGGGCGCCGCACCGUGUUAUUCUACAGCUGGGGCAUAUUCCUGACUUUUUCCGCCGGCUGCACCGGUGCUCCGAAUAUGCCAACUCUGAUCAUCUGUCGCGCCUUCAAGGGAAUCGGUGGCGCUGGUCUCUAUAGCCUCGCUCAGAUUUGUCUUCUGGAACACGGCCCUGCUAGAAACCCAAGCUUAAUGGGAGCUCUGAUUGGAAUUACGCUAGCUCUUGCCUUUCUCUUGGGUCCUAUACUUGGGGGGGCGAUAACCUCGAGAGUCUCGUGGCGUUGGAUCUUCGCCAUCAACAUCCCGUUUGGCUGCCUCGCCACGCUCUGCAUCCUCUUGUUCUUCCCAGUCGAGCAUCGAGCACACAGCAUUCUCUCACUGAAGGCUCUUCGGAAAAUCGAUUUCAUUGGCAUGAUAAGCCUUUUAAGUGCCUCCGUCACCCUUGUUUUUGGCAUAGAGCGAGGUGGUGCUCGAGUGUACAGUUGGGAUCACAAGGCUAUUAUAUCGUCUUUCGUCGUUUCUGGAAUUUCCUGGAUUGUGUUCAUUUGCUGGGAGAUACACCUCAACAAAACAUACUGUCAGCUUACCGACCAUAGACGAUGCCGCCACGUUGAGCCCGUCUUCACCGCUAAGCUCGCGAGAAGAAGGCCCUACAUAUGCGGUUUGAUUGUUGCCUUCUUAACCGGAGCUCCAUACGUUGUCCUGACCGUCGCGAUUCCCGAGCGUAUGCAGGUACUUCAGCAUGAAAAUCCUUUGAACGCCGGUGUUCACCUUCUUCCUAUGCUGACAGGCACUGCCGUGGGAUCAUUCCUGGCUGGUGCAAUCUGCCGCAAGCAUAAUCACACAGCCUUUCUCAUGAUAAUGUCGUCAGCAAUGCAGGUGAUUGGUGUCAGUCUCAUGCUUCUUCUCACGGACGUCGAGUCGUCUUUUGUGCCUGCUUAUGGUUUCACUCUCAUCGUCGGGUUGGGAGUCGGCGUGUCGUUCGGCGCUUCUACGAUUGUUGCAGCGGUUGAGGAUGACAAGGCUGUCGCCCAGGGCGCCAUUGCUCAGGCUCGCGUUCUUGGUAGUUGCCUCGGCCUAUCAAUCUGCACUGUUCUCUUCAACAACCGGCUUGAUGCCAUCAUUCAACACCUUACGAAAGAGCAGCUUGCCACGCUUCAACAGACACCCACUGCCUCCGCUGACUGGCCCGAUGGUCUCUUGCGUCGCAUACAGGAGGUGUACAUAAUCGCAUUCAGAGACCAGACCGUGUUUCUAACAUGCAUCAGCGGCAUCAUGCUCGUCACAGCCAUUUGUGCUUUCGAGAGAAGCCCCAAGCCAAUCAGCUCUGCCGCCGACGCCCAGCGAGCUCUUAAGGCAAGCCAGCAGGGCGGUCGUUAUGACAACCAUGGAACAGAGAUGAGCGACAUGGCUAGCGUCCGCUCCGCCUAA